AUGCGAGAGGCAGCAUUCUUGGUUGCCAGUCGCAGGAUUGCCGCACAAGCCCGUUCUAUCCCUAGUCCCACUGGAAGAACUCGGAGAAAUCCCUUGGCCGCUAGGCCUCCUGCGUUCAAAAGAGAAGGAAGUACUGAAAGCUUACCAACACCAACAUCGUCCGUCUCCACUGAAAGUGAACGGAAGAGGCGAGACGACACGGAGGUAUUUGGCAAUAUCCUAAGUACCUUAGAGCAAGGAGGAGGACUGCUCGAGGUAGGGGUUGUCAACCAGCCACUGCCUACGGAGGAGGAGACAGUGGUUGUGGCGGAAGAAGCAAUAAAAGAUGAAGUACUUGCGAUGGAGGAGAUUGUAGGGGGUGUGCUGCCAAAAGAGGCCAAGAAGAAAGAGUUGAAGGCAGCUGAGGCAGAGAAGGAAGCCGGAGUUAGAUUGAAGAAGGUAGCAGAGGCUGAAAAGGAAGAUAAGAAGAAGAAGAUGAAGAAAAAGGAACAGCGCAAGGAGCGGGAAAAGAGACUAAGGCAAGUAGCCCGCCUUGCGCAAGCAAGAGGCAAAGACGUGGCAGAGAGCAGUGAGCCUGCAUCGGCCAAGAAGCGAUCAGCUAAAAGAAAGGAGAAUGAUGACAUGCUGAUCGAGAUGGGCUUCUACCCUGCACCGACCCCACUACCUGAUCUUAUCACGAGUAUCAUUGUGGAGCAUGGGUGGGACACUUUCUAUCAGUGCCCAUCCAUCAUUGUGCCUCAGGUAGUGCAUGACUUCUAUCGCGGGCAUCUGCACGAAAAUAGGGAUGCAGUGACAUUUAAGGGCGAGACAGUAUAUUUCAGUACAAAGAACAUCAAUGGACUUUAUCAGAUGAGGGACAACCCUGAUGCACCAGGGAACAAGAUCAUUGAUGAUCCUACAGAAGAACUAAUGAGAAACGCGCUGAAGGUACUAGCGCAACCAGGCACAAGAUGGACAGUCUCCCCUAAAGGCAUCCGCACUCUGGAGUCUAAGUCUUUGCUAUCGAAAGGAAGGCUCUGGGUGUAUUUGGUCAAGAAGCAGUUGAUCCCAACAACGCAUGACAGAACUGUAUCAAAGGAUCAGGGACUACCGCAAGUUAAAUGCGGCCACAAAGAAAGAUCAUUUCCCUCUGCCAUUCAUCGAUCAAAUGCUAGACAGACUUGCAAGGAAUUUCCUUUUCGUCGCAUGCCAUUUGACCUCUGCAAUGCGCCAAGCACAUUCCAAAGGUGCAUGAUGGUGAUCUUUUCAGAUUAUCUCGAGGACUCAGUGGAAAUAUUUAUGGAUGACUUCUCCGUUUAUGAGAACACUUAUGAAGUCUGCCUAGCCAACUUAGAGAAAAUUCUGAAGAGAUGUGUAAAGACAAACCUAGUGCUCAACUGGGAAAAAUGUCAUUUCAUGGUCAAGGAGGGUAUAGUCUUCUUGGGGCAUGCUGGAUUCUAUAGACGAUUUUUCAAGGACUUUUCUAAGAUAGCACGACCACUGAGUGCGUUGCUAGAGGCUGACAGAAAAUUUGAGUUCGACAACAACUGCCUCAAUGCAUUCAGAGUUUUGAAAGAUGCACUGAUUACCGCACCCGUACUGAUUGUGCCGGAUUGGACAUUGCCUUUUGAAAUCACAUGUGAUGCAAGCGAGUAUGCGAUGGGAGCAACUUUAGCGCAAGAGAAAAAAAAUCCCAUCGCAUAUGCGAGUAAAACUUUAAACCGUGCUCAAACAAAUUAUACCACCACAGAGAAAAAACUCUUGGUUGUGAUUUUUGCGUUGGAGAAAUUUCGGGCAUAUCUGUUGGGAACCAAGGUACUCAUCCACACCGAUCACUCAACGAUAAAAUACUUAAUGACAAAGAAGGACACAAAGCCGAGGUUGAUCAGAUGGGUUCUCUUCCUUCAAGAAUUUGAUAUCGAAAUAAUUGACCGGAAGGAGACAGAGAAUCAGGUUACGGGUCAUUUGUCUAGACUGAAAAAUCUUGAAGUCGACCACAAUGAGUCUGAGGACGUAUGGGGGAUUGAUUUCAUGGGACCAUCCCCUUCGAAUGGUAAACACUAAAUUUUAUUAGUCGUCGAUUAUGUCUCCAAGUGGAUAGAGGCAAUAGCAUGCGCCGCAAGUGAUGCAGCGGUAGUCUCCCAAUUCCUGAAGAAAUAUAUUUUAACACGUUUUGGCACUCCUCGUGCCAUCAUAAGUGAUGAAGGAUCCCACUUUGUCAAUCACAAUAUCAAGGAGUUGUUGCACAAGUACAAUGUCCUCCACAAAGUGGCCACCGCAUACCAUCCGCAAAUGAAUGGUCAGGAUGAAGUGUCCAAUCGAGAAAUUAAGUUGAUACUUGAGAAAGUAGUAAAGCCUUCGCAGAAAGAUUGGGCAAUGAAGCUUGAUGAUGCGUUAUGGGCAUACCGGACCGCAUUCAAAACACCAAUAGGUAUGUCCCCCUAUGCGUUGGUAUUUGGCAAGGCAUGUCAUUUGCCUUUAGAUCUGAAGUAUAAGGCAUUGUGGGCAGUCAAGAAGUUGAAUCUUGAUUUAAAGAAAGCAGAGGAAGAGCGAAAAAUGCAAUUGGUCGAGCUAGAAGAAUGGAGGAUCAACGCAUAUGAGAAUGCGAAGAUUUAUAAGGAGCACACCAAGCGUUGGCAUGACAAACGCAUAUAUGCUAAAAACUUCCAAGUCGGGCAAAAGAGACUUCAAACUGAAAUGGAUGAUGAAUUUGAAGAGUUGGAUUUCGAUGGUCGUGAGCAUGAGAUACUUUCAGAUACAUUCAAUGAUUUGGAUAUGAAUAUACUGGAUAGCAUUCGAGAACAUGACCCAAUUGUAGCCCCUGUGGAUGUUGACAAAUACUCAAUUGUAUAA